AUGAGAUUGAAAAGAAAGAUACUGUUGGUGGUCCCCUUUCUUUCCUCCCUGCUGUUGGUUGAGCACUAUUUCAGGGAGCAAGUAAAAGAACUCCAGCUCUCAGACUGGUUUAAUCCUAGAAAACGCCCGGAUGUUAUAACAACAACCGAGUGGCAGGCUCCGGUCAUCUGGGAAGGAACGUUUAACAGACAGGUCCUGAACAGCUAUUAUCAGAGGCAGAACAUCACCGUGGGCCUGGCCGUGCUGGCUGUAGGCAGGUUUGUAGACGAGUACCUGGAACUGUUCAUCCAAUCUGCUGACAAGCACUUCAUGGCUGGCUACAAGGUUAUUUUUUAUGUCAUGGUGGAUGCCUUGUUCCAGCUUCCUGCCAUAAAGUUAGGCCCUCUUCGAACGUUCAAAGUCCUUCAAGUCGACAAAGAGUACUGGCAGUACGACCUUAACCUCAUACGCAUGAAGAACUUGGGCGACCACAUCGUAGGACACAUCCAGAAGGAAGUGGACUUCCUCUUCAGCAUGGCCGUCAAUCAGGUCUUCUAUAGUGACUUUGGGGUGGAGACCCUGGGAGAUUCAGUGGCCCAGCUCCACGCGUGGUGGUAUUUCCAGAACACUAAGAAUUUACCCUAUGAGAGGAGGCCUUGGUCAGCAGCCUGCAUCCCGCUUGGACUGGGAGAUUUCUAUUACAAUGGCGCCAUUGUUGGUGGCAAACCACAGGAGAUUCUAAGCUUCAUUGAUGAAUAUCUAAAGGGCUUUUUUCAUGAUACCAAGAAGAAACUCAAUAGCACCUUUGAAAACCACAUAAACAAAUACUUUUUCCUGAAUAAGCCCUCUAAAUUGCUAUCGCCAGAAUACAGCUGGGACCCCAAAUUUUACCUUCCCCCACAAAUUAGAUACAUUAAAGUGGCGUGGCUACCAGAAACAGACUGA